AUGCACCAGCAGCAACGUUACGACGACCAUCACAACCAGAGCCUGGUGGCGAAGCUAUUCUGGAUGCCUACUUCGUUCGACUGGAGCUUCGUCGUCAUCUGGAUGAUCGCCAUGGGAACAGUGGUCGGCGGCGCCUAUUGGUCCGGCGUGGUGCAGCUCUCGCACGCAUCGUCCCUGGUGCACAUUCCCCCCGACCGGGACUUCACGGAGAGCAUGGUUGAGCUGGAGGAGGAGUUCACGGUGCCACUCUCCCCCAAGCUGGUCAUCAUGUUCGUCAUCCACAUGAGCGUCAUGCUGCUCGUGCUCUAUUACUUCUACCGGUACCUAGUUCACCUGAUCGUCAUAAUGUUCGCCCUAGCAUCAGCAGCAGCCCUCCUGUCUUGCUUGGAGCCGCUCGUCAACCGGAUCAACCUUUGGACGUCAAAGGUGCCCAAGCAGCUGGCGUUUUGCUGCCAGACGCCCAUGGAGUGGCGAGAGGUGGCGCUGUUCGUCGUCUCGUUCGGCGUGGCGCUGGCCUGGUUAAUACUGCGCAACAACGACACCGUAGGGUGGGCCCUGCAAGAUAUGCUUGGCAUUGCCUUCUGCAUCAACAUGCUCAAGUCUAUACAUCUGCCAAACCUCAAGCUGCUGGCCCUGCUUCUCUCCCUGCUGCUAGUGUACGACGUGUUCUUCGUCUUCAUCACUCCUCUCCUUCGCGCGAACCGCGAGAGCGUAAUGGUUGAAGUGGCGAAGGGCGGCAACCUCCAGGAGUCGCUCCCCAUGGUGGUGCGCUUCCCGAGGCUCGUCAAGGGCAAAUAUCACACCUGUUUCCCGCGCAAAUACUCCAUGCUCGGCCUGGGAGAUAUCCUGGCGCCCGGGCUUCUACUCUCUUACUGCCACGCGUUCGACCUUCUUUCCCUCGGAAGACGGUUGUACUUCUACAUUUCAUGCUUCGCGUACGGUGUGGGCAUGAUCGUGACAUUUCUGGCGCUGCACCUCAUGCACAUGGCCCAGCCAGCGUUGCUUUACCUGGUUCCGUGCACGCUCGUGCCCACCGUUGUCACCGCCUGGUACAAGGGGCACCUGUUCGCCAUAUGGAACGGGCUACGGCUUCCCACCGCACCUCCGGCGUCGACAGCGGAGGCUGCAGACGACAAACGUUCUCCUCCGAAGAAUGACCGUGACAAGACUCCCAACCAGUCGGAGAAUGAAGAACUCAUCCCCGAAGAACCCACUGAUACGACGGGAGGGCGCCGCAAGAAAUCCCGUCGUAGGAAAAGGUCGCGACGUACCUCUGAAAGCGCAGCGAAAAGCCCCCGCGAGAGCGUCAAGGAAGUCGUGGCGGCCGAAGGCGACGACGCGGCCCAUGAUGCCGAACUGCUCGUUGCCGUCGAGCGCCUGAUCAUGCCGUCCCCCAGCGCGCUGCCAGCCAGUCCUCCACCAAGCGGGGUCGAAGACGUCGCCGGCGUCCGCAAGCGUUCGCCCACCACAGCAGCUCUUCAUUGGGAGGAGCCGUUCUUCUGCGCCCAGGGCGGCAAGACGGUCGAAGUGGACGACCUGCCACCGAAGGCUACUGCGAGCCCGUUCCCACCCGCCUAGGGGGCUGACUGCGCAGCUGGGGCACGAGAGGCCGUCAUCGACCGGGUUCGGCAGCCCCAACGAAAU